AUGACCAUGCUCACAGUCAAGCAGCCAACACACUACGGCUACAAGUCCGUCCAUGACCUACCCACUCCGCCCUCGACAUCCCGACCCUCGCCUCCCUUGGCCUACCAAGACCACCCCUCACACAAGCUGCUGCCAUCCAUUCCCCGAAGUAACAGUCCACCUGGUCAGCCCAUGUCGGCACACCAUCGUGGCCUGCCUCCGCCAGCGGCCAUGACCCUGCCUCAGCCGUCUCACUCGAGCUCUGCUCCUCCCCCGCCGCCGCCACCUACGUCCCAAUCCAUCGGACAAGCUCCGCCCACCUACAGUCACGGCAUGGCCCAGCUACCUGGACCACCGCCGCAGUGGCACGGAGCAGAGGAGUCUAUGAGGAGUUGGCUGGCAGCCAAGGCUGAGGAAGAGCGCCGAAGACAGGAGGAAGAGAAGACUAGGCAGGAGUCUCUGCGUCUGGAGCAGCGACGGAUAGAGGCAGAUAUGCUGCGGACCUCUUUGAACGGCGGCAUCCCUCCGCCCAUUGUCCCGCUCGUAUUCGCCGGGAUGGGUGGCGGCGUUCCUCCGGCAGCUUUGGAGUGGGCGCAGCAGUUUCUCGCCCAGCAGGGUCAGCAGCCACAGCACCCUCAGUUAUUGCCAUCUCAGGGUCCUCUGUCACCAGAUCACCGCCGCGAUUCUCACUCCCAGUCCUACGGCCAGUAUUCCGGUGUGCCCUCGACACCGAGCUCGGUCCCGGGCCCUCACAGUUUUGCCGGGUACCCAGGCUCUCCCCAGCGCGGCCGAGCAACAACGUUGUCCUCGACGAGCUCAGUAUCCCGACCCCACGGAUCUAGCAACUUGCCUAACCUUAACACAAACGUGCCGCAUUCUGGUCCGUCAGGUUCAUCAACGUUGCAGAACCAGCACCAGCAGCAGCAGCAGCAACAUCCUGUGGUGCAGCCGGCACAGAGCCAACAGGAGGCCCAGCCUAGUCCUUCAAUUUACUUUCAUCAUUGGCACCCGCCGACAUCCCAAGCCGGAGGUGGCUCAACCCAGCCUGCGACCCCCUCCGGAGAGUCUCCUAGGAACAAGCGCAAGGCCACUGGCCCGCAGCAAGCCCCUCCGCAUCCAAGUCAACAACGCCUGAGGUCGCCUCCCUUUCACGGUGGAUCAACUCUCGGAAACCCCCCACUGGGACGUAGACGGGGGCACUCGAGACAACACAGCGAUGCUUCAUCCUACCGGCCGACUGGCCGAGGCCGGGGGGAGAGCUUUGGGAUGCCUCAAGGCAUGUCUCCACAGGUUACUAGCUUCGGUACGGGUGCCGAACACAACGAGUCGGCAGCUGGUCAACAACAACAAGCAAAAGGUGUUGGCGGUCACUCGGUAUCAUCAUUAUUAUCGGAAGAACCAUCGCCCGCGGCUCAAUAUGGUUCGGCCCCGUCGGAUGCGUACCAAGAACGAGGCGAGGAGCGACGACGGUCCCCAUUGUAA